AUGUCAUAUAAGAAACGAGCUGAAGCUUUGACAUUCCCAAAAUCAAAUCGACCUCAAACAGGGGAAGAAAUGUCAUCUAUGUUAAGUUAUAGAGAUAGUGGCAUUCUUCUAUUAUCAUUGACACAGUCUAGACAAGCUUGGACAAGCUCUAUUCUUAAAAAAUUUUCGUCAAAGAAUGAAAUUUUUUUUAAGCCAGAUUUACCUGAAAAUACUAAUUCUAAUGCAGUUGUUACACUUCUUGGGAAAUUUACUUUAACAAUAGGUCCGCAUACUUUUUAUGACACAAAAUUUUACAAGGCCAUAUAUGAAAAAGAAAAUAUAGAAAUACAAAGCAAUGUGACAACUCAAUUAACAUCUCCACAAACUGGACCACAAAUCUUACCAAACUCUGUAUCUCAUGCUAUCUCACAUCCUAUAAUGCAAACAGUUCCACAAGCUAAGAAUCAACAUACAAUACAGUUACCAAGGCAAACAACACAAUACAUGUCUCAACCAAAUACACAAUCAUCAUCACAACAGGUACAACCUUCUAUACAACCUCGUAUAUCUCAAAGCUCUUCAUCUACCCAAUCUCAAGCACAAAUACAACCUCUUCAAUCACGAGUUCCAUUGUCACGUUUUGUGGGUUCAUCAUCCACUUUAACUUCUGGUAUUCAAAGAUUGAAUACUGGCUUUCCUAUUACUCCCUUCAUGCAAACAGUGAUUGAUUCUGUUAAUCCAAACCAAAUCCUGGCAAUUCAAGAACAUUUACGUAACCCUGAAUCAUCAAGCAAUAUUACACCUGAACAAAGAAGUGCGUUAAUAAAUCAAUUGUCUAUAGUCUAUCAAUUAUUAACAUCACAAACAAUGUUAAACAAUCAGCAUAUUCAUCAAAGACAACAAUCAGCACAUUUGCCACAAUUUCAGCAGCAACAAUCAUCAUCACAAAUGCACCAAACACAGUCCAUUAACCAACGUUCAUUUUAUCCUGUGAUAAGUCCUCGGCAAAUAGUAAGAUGUGAAGUACUAUUAGAAUUCAAGGAAAACAAACAUGAUAAAUGGUUGUUUCCAAAGGAUGCCAUUUUAGAAGCAACUACAAUGUCUGAACCACAUGAUGUUAUCACAUCAUUUUAUCUACCUCAGAAUGAUGACAAAAUGGGUAGUAGUAAAGAUUGUCAAGCUGUUACAAUUCAAAUGACACAAUUAACACAAUUGAUGUUAGACUCAUUACAGGAAGCAACAAAUGAUAUAUCCAUAGUAUACAAAUCAAUGACUGAAAAAAUAAAGCAUCAAUCCAAAAGAGCUUACUUAAACUAUCGAUUGCCAGUUGACUAUCCAGAAGAUUUAUUAGAUAUAAUUGGACAAAGAGUUAACAAGCUAGAUGGAUCACCUCAAGAUUCUUUUGUGAAACUGAAAAAAACCAAAAUAGAACAUGAAAAAGCCAAAGAAAAAACACGUGCUAUGGAAAUUGAUGUAGAAAUGGAUGCUGAGGAAUCAAAUAAGGAUAUGAUAGAUAGAGAGACUGUGGGUCAAUCUGAACCUAAAAAUAAGCGAGUUAAAGCUUCAAAAAGCUCUGAGGGGAGAGCAUCUGCAAAGUCUUCAACUACACAAAAGAAGUCGAGAUCAAUUCCUGAAUUUAAUAUUCCUGUAUUACAAACAUCUAGUUCUACUACAAGUGGAGGGAAUAAACGUUGUGCAUAUUGUUACUGUAAAAGCACACCAAUGUGGAGGAGAGGUCCUGAUGGUGCUGGAACAUUGUGUAAUGCUUGUGGAGUCAAAUGGAAACAAGGGAAAAUAUUACAGUCAUCUAAUAACAUGCACACAAGUGAAAUUAAUGAUUCACAGUCAACAACAUCUCAACAUUAUAAAUCUAGAAAGGAUUCAUUUCCAACAUCUGGAUCAUCAUCUAUUACUGCAGCAGCAGCAACUAGCACUAGCAACAUUUCUUCUAUCAAAUCUAAAAAGAAGCCUGGAAGAUCAUUCUCUUUAAGUGAAGGAGCUACAGAUGAAGAUGAAGGUCGUGAAAAAAUUCGAAGUAAUUUUGGUCUGCAAAAAAACAAUAGUGCAUUUUCAAAAACUUCAGCAUCUUCAUCCAAAAAAGCAGCUACUUUCAAAGCUUCUACUGUUUCUACAGUUUCCACAAUACUUGGAGGUGAACUUGCUGAUUCUCCAGCAAAUACUUCUUCAUCAGAUUUAAUAAAUAGUCCUAAAAAAUCACCACAGUCAUUUCCACAAGGAAUAUUGUCACAUAAUUCUCGUAAUUUUAAUAAUCCAUCUGUUUCUUUUGAGUACCCAAUAAGUUUAACAUUAAAUUCAAUUGCAUUUGGACCGGGAAAUGCAUAUUUUUCUCAUUCAAAUUGUUCAGUCACAAUACAUGAAAACUUCUUGAAAAUAAAUUUGUCAAAGGAAGGAUAUGAAAGAACAACAAUUGAUAUUUGGAAAGAAAGCAUGGAGACAGUUAAUUUCAACCAUGAAGAAGAUAAAAAUACUGGAGUUAUAUUAUUAGUUUGGAAAACAUUGGCAGCACAGUAUUUAACAAGAUUUGAUCAAGAAUUGUUGAAUCCUGAUCGUUAUGAAACUGUAGUCAUUUUCAAAUUUGUUAACAUGGCUGUUAAUAUUCAAGCAAACACCGAUUUUGAUAAUUCUUCUAGUAGCACAAAUACCAAUGAUCAAAAAGAUUUAAGAACUUUUUUAGAAAAUUGGUUAGCUUCUAGUUUGGCUGUUUAG